CAUCCGACAACCAUAAAGUGGAUGGAUGAGUGAGCUUCCAGCCAAGAGUUGGGCUUAGCUGGAGCCCAGUGGUUGAAUUAAAUCCAUCGGAAGCACAUUUCGGAAUGUCACUCACGGACGUCGAUCAGGAUUUCAGUAAAUUCGAAUUUCCCCGCGAAAUAUGGGGAAGAAUUGCCGAAUGGGAAGUAGUUCUCAAAGUAACUACAUUUCUUCCAAUUAUCGUAUUUGGCCUCGUGGGAAAUGGCUUUAUGUUGAGUAUUAUCUACCGGAACCGGGUUCUAAGGACACCAACGAACCUAUUAAUCGCGAACAUGGCGGCAGCUGAUCUGGCAACCUUAAUCUUCUGUCCAGCAAUGUUCAUGGUUAAUGACUUCUUUCAGAAUUACGAACUCCAAGAAUUAGGAUGCAAAACUGAAGGCUUUCUUCUAGGAGCUUUACUACUUACUGCUGUGAUGAACUUGGUUGCUGUAAGUUACGACAGACUUACGGCCAUUGUACUGCCUCGGGAAGCUAGGCUAACCCUUCGAGGAGCUAAAAUUGUACUUUGUCUGACUUGGGUUUUCGGAUUUUCCUUGUCAUUGCCUUUGAUGAUCUAUCGUCAAUACCGAGUUAGAAUUUGGAAAAACUUCAUUGAAAAAUACUGCACUGAAAAUACAUCUGUGCUUCCGAUGUACUGGCAUGUCUUGAUAUCCGGUAUGGUAUGGCUUCCUUUAGGUGUCAUGAUGAUUUGCUACUCAACGAUUUUCUACAAGCUUGAUCGUUAUGAAGCAAAGGUUUUGAAACGCGAAAACCCAAUAAGCGUUUCUUACAAAACCAAAGUUGCGAAGAUGCUGUUUAUCGUUUUGAUAACAUUCGUCAUCCUUCGAGGACCUUUCACUGCUUUGGUCUUCAUUAGGAAUCAGUUGCUAAAAGAAUCCAAAAUUAAUCAGAUAUCAAAUAGUUUCCAGGUUCUUUGGUACGCUUCUCAUUAUUUAAUCUUCGUUAAUGCCGCUGUGAAUCCCAUAAUCUACGGUUGGAGGAAUGACAACUUCCGGAAAGCAUUCCGCCAGACUCCAGUGUUGAGGUUCUUCUGCAAGCCUCCUCAGAAGAAGAAAAAGAAGAAAACACGUCAUGGAAGUAUCAAAAAUGGUGCUAGGAGGUUGAGUCAAAAAAUAGAGACUUGUGAAACACGUCGAAAGUCUACCAUGUCUACAAUCUUUCGACCUUUUGUAGUUCGAAUUGAAGAAGACACCGAGAACACAAAAGUCGGAAUGCUGUCAACCAAAAUGGAACCUUCAGACGCUACCAGUGGAUUUAUCGUAUCAAACAUGAUCCUAAAUAAUGAAAGCAUCGACAAGAAGAAGGACAAUUCCCUGAAUUCUGAAAAUUUUAUCUGAAUAAAGUUUGAGUCUCAGCUUUACUGGUACUUUCAAUCUACAUUCAAUUUUCGGAAGGAUCCGUCGAUACCGAAAAUAGUCUCUUCGGUCUUUGGACGACCUGGACGUUUCUUUUCGUCAGUUCCGUAUUUAGCUUCCUCGAGGAAGUAAUCCCUGUAGUCCAUGAACUUUUUCUCCCACUGUACAAUCAUAUCCUUUAUUGGACCAGCUUCGCCACCGUAUUCUUUAGGAAGCAAUCUCUGAGGAAUGUGCUGGUACAGGCUCUCUAAAUUGUCACCAUGAACGUAAAGCUAUAAAAAAAUAGAAAAUUAUGUUAGAUUAGUCCAAAAUAUUACAUAACACAAUUAAAGAUAAUAAAAGUGCCUGGUAAUUGACAAAUAAAUAUUUUAAUGUAAACUAACAA